AUGAUUUCCUUUACUGGCAUGUUCAGCUCAGACCAGCAACAAAAAAGCCUUGAAUCCCUGGCAUAUUGCAAAAGGCAAUCUGCUAGGAACUCCCACCUUCGGGUACGGACAGGGGUUGCCCUGCCGCGAAAACUAUCACCCCAUGCAACCGUGCGUGCCGCCGUGCAGAGCGCGCGAGUUCAGCGGGCCAGCAUGUCUCCCUCUUGGGUGCGAAUAUUUGAUACGGUGAAUCUGAUCUUCGCGGCUUCGCCUCAACGUGACGCUACGCGCCGUGCUUGUGGCCAGCCGAUUCGAGAAUUCUCGCCCCCGGCAUCAUAUUCCCAAGAAGGAAUUGCCGACGGCAGGCAAUGGCCGAUCAUUGCAUCACAAACAUCUCCUGCCAAUAUCCCGUUCCAUCCCCCUUUCAGGCUUUUGCAGGCAGCAACCGCUACUUCUGCCCGUAUCAGGGGCACUGGGGCGAACGACUACUUCGAGUGUAGCCACUUGAGCCACCAUUUUGUCUCGGCGGCUCGGCUGGAGGCCACUGACGGCAUCGUUCACAGCUCGCCGGGGCGAGCGUGGGUGCAUGGGAAGAUGCUGGGCAUGCUGGGCGACGUGAAUGGAGCAGGGAUGUUCAUGUACUUGACAAGGUCCGCUCAUGAAUCGAACUCCAAGUGUAUCCUGUCUCUCCAACUCUCCCAAGCAGCCAAUCCUUAA